AUGCCGCGACCUUUCACUUCGUCUUCACAACUUCACACACCAUUCGAUUCGUCACCCAUGGAGCAGCUGUCAAGCGCAAGUGUUGCCGACUUCCUUGGUCCUGCUCUCGAAAGCCCUCCUUCUCCCCAGAAGUUGCGGCUCCUCAACAAGCAAAUGAAGCGAGCAUCCCAUUUACAAAGGCACCAUGGGCACAGGACUGCUUCUUCCGAGUCAUCAUCCUUAUCUUCUAUGAAUACGGCUGAGCGACUACCUUGGGAAUUGUCACUGGACAACUUGUCCCUCGUUCGAAGAUCAUCGAUUAGGUCCAACGAUAGCAAUGCCCCAUCUCGAGAUCGGCCCGAAAGCAUACACAAUUUUGGAAGGAGCUUUUUUCAUCGCCGAGGAAAAUCCAAGCGCGAAAGCAGCACCCAGAACUCCUCCGCCAGCUCAAUAUAUUCCGGAGAUAUGCCCUCUGAAAACAUUGGUCAUGGAGGACGAGAGGGACUCAUCCCGUCCAUUUUUUCCAGAAGGAAGGCAUCGCGGGAUGAAACCGCGCAGAGACGACCAUAUAUUUCAGGGCCGUUCAAUUUUCAGCACGUCGCCCACACACAGCGGGAUAAUGUCGUCAACGACGAUCAUCAUGUCAACGGUCCGGAGACGUUGAACGACGCCUUUACCGGCGGAUUCGAGACAAGCUCCUAUUCACGAAAUAUGUCGUGGGAGUCUAUUGGUGAAGUGUACCAAGAGCAAACCUCUAGCGCUGUCUCUCGUCCGCCCCUGGUACCUCGCCAUACUGCCCCGGCCUCCGGGCCUCGACGGCUUCUACAGCAUAUUCGAUCACAAGAACGGCUUCGAAAAACUCCGUCACAACCCCCUCCUCGACCCCCUAGAUCCCCAAUACAAGCCAAUGGCUUCUGUACGCUUGGGUCCCUGCCACCUCCCCGGGGUUCCAGCCGACAAUCCAGCUACCAAGAUAUCACAGACGUCAUCAACAUGAAUGCAGCUGCCCGGGCUCAGACAAGUAACGAAUUCUGCCAACCAUUUCCUUUCGGUUAUGCGACUUCUCCUGAAUGCAUAAUCGACGAUUUAAACUCUUAUGAGCACAGCUAUAGUCAGACGCAAGAACAAUCCCCACCUGACGAAACGCGAUACUCUCGUGUUAUGCUGGGUGCUCGGGAUUCUACUUGGCCUCUGGCAAUUUCAACGCCAGCAUCGUACGAAACGCUCCCUGAUGUCCCCGAGGAAGAAGAGCAGCACGGCAUGUCAAGACGAUCAAGGCUUAGCCUUGCAAGCAAUAAUUCUUCUCUCCGCGGCAGCCAAUCUGUUCCAAUGUUGCGAUCGCUUGCCGAAUCUCGAAGGCCAACAAGUGUAGUUUCAGAAACCCUCGGUGGCCUGGGUAUCAUGGGCCUGGAUCAUAUCGUUGAUGACGAUGAUCACCAAAGUCUGGUCCAGCUAAGGACACCAACAAGAGAGAGCUGGGAGGAUAUCAUAGACUAUUGCUAUGAACAUGAGGCAGAAGCCAACUGUGACUACCAAUGGGAUCGUCCGUCACUGGAUACUGCCAGAGACAGCUUGACGCCUCCCGCAAAGCUAGUGGCACUGGAUGACAACGGGAUUGAGCCUGCAUCUAACGGAGGGUUGUCUGCCGAAAGUCAUGGUUCUCUAUCCCUCGUAUGGCAAGAAGCACCAUCUCUCAGCCCAGCUAGCCAUACAUCAACUCCCGUGGAGCAUGAGGUAGUCACACCAAAUCCCGCUGUUACAAACAACUUUUCUUUACCGAGGGGUGACAAAAAGAGUAUUCGUCCCCUCAAUAUGAAGGAACCCCGACACAGCUCUGGCCCUGCCACAUUUAGGGAAUCUCAGACAUUUACGCUGUCUCCUUCAUUCCUCAUCCCUGUGGAUUAUCAACAACCCAUGCUUCUAAGUGACGACACCGAAAAACAAGCCUACUCCGAUUGUGAUCUUGUUGGCGGACACUUUGAACAGUCGGCCUUGCAUGAAGAUACGAACUCAUCGGUAGGAGUUAACGGAUCAUCUCCAUUGCUUGAUCAACGUUCCAGCACCUCGACCAAUUCUACAUCCCGCUCAAACUCUACCGGAAGACAAUAUAGAUCGACAAACUCGUCUUGGACUACGCUUGCUCGGCGUACCGCCAGUACCACCUCGCUCAAUAAGAUGGCGGGAUCACUGACUGAUGACUCUGAACCACUCCCUUCUGCUCAACCCCCAGACCACGAUCAGGAUGGACCAGAGUGGGCUGGCACAUAUCCAGCUACUCAAGACCAUGUCCCUGACAUGAUUUCAUUUCCUCCGUCUAAUGGGCUCAAGAAAUAUUAUCACAAGAGCCAUGCUAGCGAGUCUCAGGUUCGCGACGAUGCACCUCCGCUGGAAGAGAGUGUUAAGCCGAGACGUCCGAGAGCCAAGACCACAAGUUUGCCCGUCCAAUCUCCUCCCCCGGUGGGACAGUACGCACUGUUCCCACGAACAUAUAUGAAAGCCACAGGCGAACACAUAUGA